CGACGCCCGCAAGCCUUCCUCUUCCAUUCCGCCGGGCGGGAGCGCCCCUCCCUCCCUCUCCUCCUCCUCCUCCGUCUGCACAAACUGGAAGGAGGCGGAGGCGGCGGGCGAGCUAAGCUCAGCUAAGCCGAGAGCCGGCGGGUGGAGGUGGAGGGGAAGAAGAAGGAGCCGAGCCCCGAGCACUGCAGCGCCGCUGCCCACAAAGGCUUGCCAAGGCGGACCCCGGUUGGGUUUGUUUGCCCGUCCCCGGCCGGGUCCUCCUUUGACGCCGCUCCGCCUUCCCCUCCUUCUGCUUCUGGGGCUGCCCGCGAGAAGGCGCCGGCGGGGAGACGCGCGGAGGGGCGGAGAGAGCUGCUGCAAGAGGAGGAGGAGGAGAUCGCCGAGCUUCCAGCCUCUCUCUCGCCUCGCCUCUCUCUCUCUCUCUCUCUCCGUCUACACGGGCGAGGAAACCAAACAAACGCGGCUCCGUCGGUCCGGCCGAGCCGGCAGGAAGAUCAAAGCGGCCGAGCGAAGGGCAGACAGUCCCGAGGGAGCCGGCGACUCCUAGGGCCGAAGAAGAGGAGGAGGAGGAGGAAGAAGUGGGGGCGGCCCGGCGGAGGAGGCACGCGCGCCCACCCCGCCCUCCUCCUCGGAGGAGACCCCGACGGGCGGAAAAAGCGGCGGGGCUCUGGCCGGAGAAGCUUCGCAGCCUCGGCCGUUGGAUACCGGCCCACGAAAGGGGCUGCUGCUUCUUCGCUCUCUUGCCUAUUUGGGGUUUUUUUUUUGUUUGUGUGCGUGAAACAGGUAGAUUUUUUUUUUUUGCCUCGAUCCCCAAGAUCUGAUCCUGAAUUGAUCCCUCGGACUUCUUGUUUUGCUUGGGUUUUUUUUUUCUUUCUUUCUUUUCCCUCUCUGAGUAUUUUUUUGGAGGGGUUCCUCGAUCUCCUUGGAUCGCCGCCGAGGAUCUAACUAAAAGCCUCGCUUGGGGGGGCAAGGAAGGAGGAACGGACGGGCGGGCUGGGGGUGGUGGUGGUGCCGGGAAGGGUUCGGAGGAGAACCCCGGCGGGCGCGAUCUGACCCUCCGCUUCGGUUUUGGCAUCUUCGACCCGACCCCCCCCCCCACCUCCCGAGGAGUCCCCGGUUUGGCAUGCCGGUUUUUCCCCGGGCGGGCGGAUCCCAGCUUUCCCCGCCGCUGCGUUUCGGGGUCUGCUUCUCCCGGCGCCCCCUUUCCAUCAUCAAGUGAGAAGAAAGGGAAGGGGAGCCUUGGCGGGCGCCUUCCAGCCGAGAGACUCCGCUAAAAGACUGGCGCAUGCUGCACUUCGCUUUGGGUCUCGCUCCAGCCGCCGCAUCAGCAGCAGCGCCCCCUCCGCCGCCCCCCAGCUCCCUCUUCGUCCCGAUCAUUUCAGGCUCCUUCUACUGGCUGCCUGGACUCGGCUCCCGACUCCUUCAUGAAUUGCGGACGACAUGCCCGUUUUUUAGCCGGGGAACCUUCUUCUCGUCCCGCAUGUUCAGGACCAAACGAUCGGUGCUCGUCCGAAGACUCUGGCGGAGCCGGGCGCCCGGCGGGGAGGAAGGCGCCGGCGAGGUCGCAGAAGGCGCUGCGGACGGACGGCCUCAUGGGGCCGGCGGAGGAGGAGGCGGGAGCCGGAUUUGCUGCCUGGGCAAGCCGGGGAAAGCGGCCAAGGCGCACGGCGGAUCGGAGGCUGAACUGAAAGCGCUGGCCCACUCGGUGCUGAAGCGGCUGAAGGAGAAGCACCUGGAGACCUUGCUCCAAGCCGUCGAAUCCCGCGGAGGCACCAGGACCUCCUGCCUCCUGCUGCCCACCAAAGUGGACUCCAAACUGGGCCAGCAUUGGUACUCCCUCCCGCUGCUCCUUUGCAAAAUCUUCCGAUGGCCCGAUCUCCGGCCUGGCUCGGAAGUCAAGCGGCUUUGCGGCUGUGAAUCUUACGGGAAAACUCACCUGGACUUAGCCUGCUGCAACCCCUAUCACCUGAGCAGACUCUGCGAGUUAGAGUCUCCCCCGCCUCCUUACUCCAGAUACCCAAUGGAUUUUCUCAAACCAACGGCGAGUUGUCCAGAGUCUGUGCCUUCUUCCACCGAAACGAGGGGAACUAAUUUUCUGGCCCCUGAGGGGCUCGCAGAUUCUCAAGUUCUACAGGAACACGGGGAUCUCUCACACUGGUGCGUGGUGGCCUAUUGGGAGGAGAAGACCCGCGUUGGGCGCCUGUAUUCGGUCCAAGAACCUUCCCUGGAUAUCUUUUACGAUCUACCUCAGGGGAACGGCUUCUGUCUCGGACAGCUCAAUUCGGACAAUAAAAACCAUCUGGUGCAGAAAGUCCGUGCCAAGAUCGGUUAUGGCAUCCAGUUGAGCAAAGAAGUCGACGGCGUAUGGCUUUAUAACCGCAGCAGUUAUCCGAUUUUUAUCAAGUCGGCCACACUGGACAACCCGGAUUCCAGGACGUUGUUGGUUCACAAAGUGUUUCCGGGCUUUUCCAUCAAAGCCUUCGAUUACGAGAAAGCGUACAGUUUGCAGAGGCCCAACGACCACGAAUUCAUGCAGCAACCUUGGACGGGUUUCACGGUGCAGAUCAGUUUCGUGAAAGGCUGGGGCCAGUGCUAUACAAGACAGUUCAUCAGCAGUUGUCCGUGCUGGCUGGAGAUUAUUUUUAAUAACCGAUGACUCAACCGCAGGCCUUCCCGAGCUUGGCGUCUUGAAGGGGGGGGGGAGGUGGACGUCAAGUCCCAGAAUUCCCCAGUCAGCAAGGGAGUUCUGGGAAUUGGAUGUCCACCCACUUUCCAGGGUAUCCAAGCUUGGGAACCGCUGCUCAACCAGUGACAUUUUAUAAUGACUUUGCUGCUAAAACGUUUCCUUUUGAGUGCUUGCUAUGGUGUGCAAACGUUUUUUGUUUGUUUGUUCUGUUUUGAGAAAUAGCUUAUGGGAAGAUUUCUCUUUUCUUUCUUUCUUUCUCCCUCCCUCCUUUUCUCUUGUCUUUUUUAUUUUGGGGUGGGCGGGCGAUGUGGAGAUACUACUUCUUUUUUUUAAAAAAUGUAGAUGACCAACAACCCAGAAGGAAAGGAGAUUCCCAUGGAGGGAGAAAGUUGGGAAAAGGUUUAAGUUGUGGUUAAAAGAGAGGUUCAUACUGCUCUCUUUUCAAUUGGGAUUCAAUCACAAUUUUGCAGGAUUUGCAGGUUACGGUCUCCACUGUACCUUUUCUUGGAUUCGGGCUGUGUUAUUCUUUCUUGCCUCCCUUUGUCCCAAGAGAAUCCUGUGUUUCCUCUGAUAAAUACAUACCACCUCUGCGCACUUGGGGUGUUCUGCUGAUUUCAGCAGAGUUUAUCAAUCCACGCUUAGAAGUGCCAUAAUACACCAAGAUUGGGUUUCCUUCAGUGGCCAUAGAUGGAAGGAAGGUCUGGGGUUUUAUCUGGCUUGCAAGAGGUUUGGUAGAAUAGAUUCCUGCAAGCAGUUACAGUUUAGUCCUUGACUUACAACCAUUCGUUCAGUGACCAGUUGCAACGACACUGGGGGGGAAAAAGUGACGUCUGUCUAUUUUUUCCCCACACUUGACGUCUGUUGCAGCAUCCCCAUGGUCACGUGAUCAGAAUAUUGGCCGUUUGGCAACGGACUCAUACUUACGACGGUUGCAGUGUCACGUGAUUGCCUCCUUUUGCAACUUUUCGAGAAGCAUACUCAACGGGGAAACCAGAUUCGCUUAACAACCGUGUUACUAGUUUAUAGCAGCUGCAAGCGACUCACUUUAACAACAGUGGCAAGAAAAGUCGCAAGAUGGGCCCAAGCUCACUGAAAGCGGUCUUGCUUAACGACAGAACCUUUGCAGGGGCUGAAUUGCGGUUGUAAGUCGAGGACUACUUGCAUUGCAUUCUAGAACCAGACGAAUGGUCCUGGAUCACUCCCGUUCGGCAAAAUGCCUUCCUUUCUGGAUAACUUGAAACCCCAUGGAUCGUUCUACCUUGCUUCAGGUCGGUCACUCCGUCUGUUUUCUUCGUUGCAAGAGAGAUGCAGGGAAGAGAGAUGAAAUAUAAAUUAAUAAAAUGAUAAAAUAAAGCAAAGCAGCUCCUUGCCGGUCUGAGGAAGGUGAGGCUGGGUGGUGCAUAGCCACCGGCACAAUUUUGCAAGAGUCACUGUGGGGACGUUAAUGCAGAAAUGCAAGAGUUUAGCCAACCGGGUGUAAAAAGGUUUCUUCCUUCCCUUCCUCUCUAUGGUAUCUACUUGCAACUUUAAUCCUUUUGACCAGGGGUCUCCAACCUUGGUCCCUUUUAAGACUUGUGGACUUCAACUCCCAGAGUCCCUCAGCCAGCAAAGCUGGCUGAG